AUGGCUGUCAACUCAAAGAUCAGUAUAUGCCUGGACAGAGGGGGAACAUUUACCGACGUCUUUGCCUCUGUUCCUGGCAAGCCAGACAUCAUCCUGAAGCUGCUUUCAGUGGAUCCAGCUAACUAUGACGAUGCACCGACAGAAGGUAUCCGGAGGGUGCUUGAACAAUUAACUGGCGAAAUCUUUCCGAGAGGAAAGCCACUCAAUCUGAAACACAUUGAUCGCUUGCGGAUGGGGACAACUGUUGCGACAAAUGCCCUUCUAGAGCGCAAGGGCGCCAGGUCUGCCCUACUGAUCACAAAAGGCUUCAAAGAUUUGCUAUCCAUAGGCGAUCAGUCUAGACCAAGGAUCUUCGAUCUCUCGGCCAGCAAGCCUGGAGUCCUGUAUGAAAAAGUGAUCGAGGUGAAUGAGAGGAUAAUUCCUUGCCCGAAGGAGGAGGCAGCACAUAGAUAUCCUCAAUGUCGACUAGUCGAAGCCACAACUGGCGACCAUUUCCGCAUCCUACAAGAACUUAAUCUAGCAGAAGUUUCCAAAGACUUGGAGACUCUUUGGCAGGAGGGCUACAGAUCUCUUGCCGUGGUCCUUCUCCAUUCAUAUGCAUAUCCUGAGCAUGAGUUCGAGAUAGGAAAACUUGCUCUUGAAAUGGGGUUCUCGGUGGCCUUAUCAUCAAAGCUACAACCUAUGAUUAAAACGGUCCCACGAGGCAUGUCUGCUGUGGUUGAUGCUUGUUUAACCCCGGUUAUAAAAAGCUAUAUUGAUUCAAUAGACGCUAACUUCGAAGGCGGACUCGACUGCGAUGGAGCCCGCUUCGAGUUCAUGCAAUCAGAUGGCGGCUUAGUAGACUAUCGGACUUUCGGAGGUCUGAAAGCCUUGCUUUCAGGCCCAGCCGCCGGAGUUGUUGGAUUUGCAAACACCAGCUGGGAUGAAGACGAGAAAAUUCCAGUCAUCGGUUUCGACAUGGGAGGCACUAGCACUGAUGUCUGUCGUUUUGGGGGUCAAUUUGAGCAUGUUUUUGGAGCAAAUAUUGCAGGAGUCUCGAUACAAUCUCCGCAACUUGACAUCAACACAGUUGCCGCUGGCGGCGGGUCUAUUCUUUCAUGGCGUAAUGGUCUCUUCCUGGUCGGACCUGAAUCCGCAAGCGCCCACCCAGGUCCAGCUUGCUAUCGGAAAGGUGGCCCUCUUACUGUGACUGAUGCUAAUCUUUUCCUUGGCCGUUUGUUACCUGAGUUCUUUCCAAGGAUAUUCGGCCCUAAUGAAGACCAGCCUUUGGAUCAAGAUAUUACAGCACGCAAAUUUCAGGAGCUGACAGAGGUCAUCAACCAGGAACAAUCUCACAAGCAUGAAAAACAAUUUACUCCAGAAGAAGUUGCUAUGGGCUUUUUGAGGGUCGCAGAUGAGUCUAUGGCGCGUCCUGUACGAAAUCUUACCGAGGCACGGGGUUAUGAGACCUCAUCGCAUCAACUUGCAUCAUUUGGUGGAGCAGGAGGCCAGCACGCUUGCUCAGUCGCAGCUGUACUUGGGAUUUCGAGGAUCAUUAUUCACAAAUAUUCAUCAGUUCUAUCCGCGUAUGGUCUAGCGCUCUCCGAUGUCGUCAAAGAGGCCCAAGAGCCAGUGUCGAUGGAAUAUCUCAAUUCCCAAUCGCGCAUACGCAAGAGGUUUGAGAGCCUUAUUGCGCGGUCCACCACAGAUCUCAUGAAUCAGAGGUUCCAGCUGGACCAGAUUCAGCAUCAGCUGUAUCUCAACAUGCGCUACGUCGGCUCAGACAGCAAUCUGAUGAUCAUGAAACCUGACAAUUGGGAUUUUGCAGCAGAGUUCAAAGAAAGGCAUCGCAGAGAAUUUGGAUUCACAUUCGAUAAGCCGUUGCUUGUCGAUGAUCUUCGCAUACGAUCCAUCGCCCACUCAAGCGCACGUGCUGAGAUCAGUCCCUCAAAGCAAUUGAAGGCGGCGGAGAUGAAGAGCAUUGUUCUCCCGCCUCGGGAGAAAAGACAGGUGUACUUCGAAGAUAGUGGUCGUAUUGAAACGCCUGUUUAUCUGCUGAACAACCUUGAGAAGAACACUCGCAUCCAGGGUCCAGCUCUCAUCGUUGACAAUACUCAAACCCUGAUUGUGGCCCCAGAUGCCGAGGCAAAUGUGCUUCAGACAUGUAUUCUCAUCGACCUCAAAGGGAAGAAUAUGGUCACGAAAACCGAUCAAGCCAAGUCUCAGACAGAUCCCAUGGAGUCGAUUCCAAUCAAUCCCGUCAGAUUGACAAUCUUUGGGCAUCGAUUCAUGUCAAUUGCAGAACAAAUGGGCAGAACGCUGCAAAAGACCUCUGUCUCUACCAACAUAAAGGAGAGGUUAGACUUCUCCUGCGCGCUGUUCUCUCCAGACGGCGGGCUGGUCGCCAAUGCACCCCAUGUUCCUGUGCAUCUUGGCUCCAUGCAAUUUGCUGUUCGGCAUCAACACAACCGCUGGCGUGGUCAGUUAGUUGAUGGCGACGUCCUCGUCUCUAACCAUCCUAGCUGUGGAGGUACACAUCUACCAGACAUAACAGUGAUCACUCCAGUCUUCGACCACCCAGGAGGGAAAGAGAUCGUAUUCUACGUUGCAUCCCGUGGGCACCAUGCUGAUAUCGGUGGCCUUCUUCCGGGGUCCAUGCCACCAAAGUCAACUGAGUUGUGGCAAGAGGGCGCUGCCAUAGAAGCAGAAAAAAUUGUCAGUGGGGGAGUCUUCAACGAAUCUCGGAUGACGGAGCUUCUCCUCGAGAUCCCGGCCACGUUUGAUGGCUGUUCCGGAACAAGGUGCCUAGCAGAUAAUCUUUCCGACCUAAAGGCUCAGAUUGCAGCCAACACUCGCGGAAUCCAGCUCAUUCAGAAUUUGAUUGCUGAGUAUGGACUACCAGAGGUUCAAGCAUACAUGUAUGCAAUACAAUCUACGGCAGAGACCGCGGUGCGCAAUCUUCUCCGCGAACUCUACACCCGUCACGGAGGCCAGCCUCUCGAGGCCGUCGACUUUAUGGACGACGGUACACCAAUCGCUUUGAAAGUCCAGAUUGAUUCUGAAAGUGGCUCAGCGACCUUCGACUUCGAAGGCACUGGCCCUGAGGUGCUAGACAAUACCAAUGCCCCCAUCGCAAUCGUCAAUUCAGCCAUCAUCUACUGCUUACGGUGCAUGAUCAAUUCCGAUAUACCCCUGAACCAAGGCUGCCUCUCCCCGAUCGACAUCAAAGUCCCGCCAGGCUCGAUUCUCUCUCCUUCACGCACGGCAGCCGUCGUCGGAGGGAACGUGCUGACCUCUCAAAGACUGACUGACGUCAUUCUGAAAGCCUUUCGGGCAGCUGCGGCAUCACAAGGCGACACCAACAAUCUCACCUUCGGGAGAGGAGGGAAAUCCGAAGAAGACGGCGCGCACGUCGAUGGGUUUGGGUACUAUGAAACCAUCGCUGGCGGCGGCGGAGCAGGACCAACGUGGAACGGCCAAAGCGGCGUCCACACUCACAUGACGAACACCAAAAUCACAGACCCGGAAAUCCUGGAGAAGCGAUAUCCCUGCAUACUGCGGCAGUUCUCUCUGCGCGAGGGCUCUGGUGGCCAGGGUUUUCGCGCUGGUGGCGACGGCGUCGUCAGAGAUAUCGAGUUCCUGGAGCCCGUGCAGUGCUCGAUCUUGAGCGAGAGGAGGGUUCACAGGCCCUAUGGGAUGGAGGGAGGAGGGAAAGCGAAAUCCGGACUGAAUCUCUGGAUUACCAAGGACGAAGCGACUGGUGCGACACGGACGGUGAACCUCGGUGGCAAGAAUACUGUCAAGGUCAAAGCUAACGAUCGUGUGGUUAUUAUGACACCUGGCGGUGGUGCAUGGGGAAAGAAGGACUGA